UUCUGUGUGCGCAAUAAAGAGCUGUCGGUACACAGGACCUUGAAGACAACCACAGAUCAUCUCUCUUCAGAGGAAUAUACAGUUGAUAUAUACGAUUCUCGUCUGGGCAAUUAUUUAUUUUCCAUUAUGGAUCAUUUGGCAGAGAAUAACUUGACAGCAGAGAUUCUGGAAUACCCAGUGUGCUCAGAAUGGAAGGAAAAUCCUGAAGGAUCCACGUUUCAUCUAGCACACAUACUGCUAGUUUUGGGAUUUAUGGGAGGCAGCGGCUUUUAUGGAUUACUGUACAUGUUCAGCUUUUUAACGCUUGGGUUUUUCUGCUAUUCGAUCUGGGCAUGGUCCGAUCCCUGCACGACUGAUUCGUUUUCAUGGACUUUCGCGCUUUUCGCUUUCUGUUUGGCACAAGUUGUUCAUGUGUCCUAUCGAUUGCGCAGCGUCACUUUUGAUAAGGAGCUCCAGGAUCUCUAUGACUACAUGUUCAAAAAGCUUGGAGUAUCCUUAACAUAUUUUGGAAAAAUCGUGGAGUGUUGUGAGGGCGAUAUCUAUACUAUAGAUAAAGACCACUGCUUCGCCGUGGAGGGUAAAACCUCCAUCGACAAACUGUCAGUGCUUAUCUCAGGCAGGAUACGAGUGACGGUGAACGGGGAGUUUUUGCACUACAUCUAUCCAUUUCAGUUCCUGGACUCUCCAGAGUGGGAUUCCCUCAGACCUUCAGAGGAAGGGGUUUUUCAGGUAACGUUACGUGCAGAUAACCGGUGCAGGUACGUUGCGUGGAGACGAAAGAAACUCUAUCUGCUGUUUGCGCAGCACCGCUACAUCGCUAAGAUCUUCGCGCUGCUGGUGCGCAAUGACAUCGCGGAGAAACUCUUCUCUCUGAACGACAAGGCUUUCGACAUCCGCGGGUUCCGCUAUGAUCUCCGGUUACCAAGCUUCUGUCACGGACCAGAGCCAGAAAUAGAAAACACAAGUGAAUCCCGGCCAGUGCUGGGACAGAGUGAAACCAAACCGCCAGAAAGAGACUCAUGAGAAACGCACGCUCCAGAUUUCUGUAGUUUUAACUGAUGGUGAUAAAUUGUCAUGCAUUGUUUUAUUCUUUUAUAUUUGACAUAUUUUCCCCAAAUAUUUUUGUCUUUGUUGUAUUUAAUUGUAGUGACCUGAAGUCAGUGUUUUUUCAGCACGAAAAUUCCCUAAAUGUUCAGAAGAUGAAGUGGUUUUCAGUAUAAUAUAUAUAAACUGUCGUAACACUGUAUAGGCAUAUAUUUUUGGAAACGUUUGAAUGAAUGAGAUAUUAACUAUUUAGCUACUGAUCAGAAUCAAGCCCUCACAUGAAGACUGUUUCAUCUAUCUGUCAUCAACAUCCUACAUCAUCUAAUAGAACAAUCAACCUGAAAUGUUACCCAUAUUGCCUAUGUGUAUAAUUUGUUUGCUUUACACAAAAACUAAUAAUCACACUUGAUUUUGAAAAAUCAAUCAAUCUUAUAGAGUGCUAGAAUCAACUAUGGAGGAGUAAGGCAAUCAUUUCAGAAGCGCAGGGGACAUUAUAUGCAGGAUAAUAAAAUCAAAUAAAAUUUGACAAGAACUCAAGAGUUAAACUGUGUCAGAACAAAUUAAUCUUGAUAAUGAAAACUUUGAUGAAAAUGACCAAUUUUUUGGUCCCAAGUUGUUAUCAAUUUUACUGGUGUAGAAUGUUUUCGUAUAAUAUGUCUUUUGCUAUCCUCACUUAUUAAUUAACCAUAGUGUC